AUGUUUACGCCGUCAACUAAAAGUAAAAGCCAACGCUGGCUACUGUGGACAACGCUGCUGUGCCUGCUCCAACUGGACUUGGGCAGCGCAAAGUUAACGGAGCCGGAAGGUAAAAUAGAAUGGUUCACAUUCCCUUGGAUGAACAAGAACAAGACCAACAAGGAGUCAUCACACUAUGGAGGAUUACAUCUGAAAGAUGACUAUGCUCAGGUGGAUAUCUCGAACUUUGGUGGCUUCGAACGGCAUCCGUGUCGUCGCGUCUGCCAGCAAGGACAAUCGCAGAGCUGUUACUAUCAACUGGUGGUGCACAACUAUCGCCGCCUUGGUCCCGAGUGCCAACGUUGUCCGUACGAUGAGCGAGCUUGUGCAUCGGAGAACUGCAUCUAUGGCGAUGGCGUCUCCACUCCGGUGAUGGCUGUGAAUCGCAUGGUGCCGGGCCCGGCGAUUGAGCUCUGCGAGAAUGACACUGUGGUGGUGGAUGUGCUCAACUAUCUGGGCGAGUCCAGCACAAUGCACUGGCAUGGCAUUCACAUGUCGCGCACUCCGGAAAUGGAUGGUGUUCCACAUGUGACACAGUAUCCGGUGGAGCCAGGUGAGGUGUUUCGCUACGAGUUCCUUGCGGAUCGCAGUGGAUCAAUGUGGUAUCACAGCCAUAUGGGUUGGCAGCGUGGCUUCGGCAUAGCCGGAAAUUUGAUAGUGCGUCAGCCACAUCAAACGAAUCCUCAAGCCCGACUCUAUGACUACGAUCUGGUGGAGCAUGCGCUGUUGGUGCAGGACAUCUUCUAUGAUUACGACUUGCAGCAGGUGCGCAAUAUACUGAUCAACGGCAAGGGACGCAAUCAUCUCAGCCAGCUGCCCGAUCCGGAUUCACGUCAUCGCUACGAGCGUCUCAGGGUGACACCUGGCUAUCGCUAUCGCAUGCGUGUCAUCUACAACGGCGUCUUCAACUGCCCCGUGGAGUUCUCCAUUGAGCAGCACAAGCUGCUCAUCAUCAGCACCGAUGGCAACGACAUCGAACCCGUGCUCGCCGAUGGCUUCUUUCUAACCUCCGCCGAACGCUUUGACUUUGUGCUCGAGGCGAAUCAAUAUGCCAAGAACUAUUGGAUCCGUGUGCGUGGCUACGAACGCUGCGAGGAGCGCAGCCUCUACCAGGGAGCUGUGCUCAGCUAUCGCGGUGCCGCUCGCAGUGAGUUGCCCCAGGGCAACAUACUCGACAGUCAGCGGGCCAGAGAACUGGAUGACAAUGAUAAUCCGCCCAUCUUUGUCAACGAUUUCCGCUAUAAGAUUUCCAAUGACUCUGAGUCGUUAAAUGCCUUGCGUCAGGCGAGUCCCGACAAGGAUGUGGGCACUGUCUCCCUACGCUCAUUGGAUCCCGUGCCCUGGCCCAGCUACACCAAGUUCUUGACACACUAUUCCAGUCUGAAUCUGCGCCAGGCGCCCAAUGGCGAGCUUCUAUUUCAAAUCGAUGAGAUUAGCUUUAUGCCACCGGGCAUUUCAUUGCUGCAGGCUCAUUAUCUCUACCAGGACGAUGGCUACUUCUGCAAUCGCAGUUCGUUGGCCGCCAAGAAGCGACAGUGUGAUCGCGAGGUGUGCGAGUGUGUCCAUGUGAUUCGCUUGCCUGCCUAUCGACCCAUCGAAAUGGUUGUUGUCAAUCACAUGGAUGCCACGCAUCCCAUCCACAUGCAUGGCUUCACCUUCCGCGUGGUGGGACAGGACGUCCUUGGCAAUCAACAAGAUCUUAAAAAUAUUCGUCAAUUAGAUAGACAAGGACGUCUGAGACGUUUGCCCGAUAAAUACCCAGCUGUGGCUAAGGACACUGUGCAGGUGCCUGGUCUGGGCUAUGUUAUACUUCGUUUUAUCUCUGAUAAUCCUGGCUUCUGGAGCUAUCACUGUCACAUCGAGUCGCACUCAGUGCAGGGCAUGUUAGCUGUGCUUAAGGUCGGCGAAGACUAUCAAAUGAAACGUCUUCCAGCUCGCGUUAAUUGCUGAAAAUAUG